AUGGCGGCGCCCGCGUCCCUACCGCGGCCCGUCACCCACCUGCUCUUUGACAUGGACGGCCUUCUCCUGGACACGGAGCGACUUUACUCCAUGGUGUUUCAAGAAAUCUGCGAUCGCUACGGGAAGACGUACUCCUGGCAUGUGAAAUCCCUAGUGAUGGGCAAAAAGGCGCUGGAUGCAGCUGAGGUCGUCAUUGAAGUCCUGCAGCUGCCCAUGUCCAAGGAGGACCUUCUGGAGGAGUGCCAGGCCAAGCUGAAGCAGGUCUUCUCCUCCGCCUCGCUGUUGCCAGGUGUGGAGAAGCUGAUCCAUCACCUGCGGAAGCACAACAUCCCCUGCGCUGUGGCCACCAGCUCCGGGACUGCGUCCUUCGAAGAGAAGACGCGCCGGCAUCGAGACUUCUUUAGCCUCUUCCAUCACGUGGUGCUGGGCGACGACCCAGAAGUGAAGAACGGCAAGCCGAGCCCGGACAUUUUCCUGACUUGUGCCAAGAGGUUCAACCCCCCGGCCCCUGUCCACCAGUGCCUCGUGUUUGAAGAUGCACCCAACGGGGUGGAAGCCGCUCUGGCGGCCGGCAUGCAGGUGGUCAUGGUGCCGGACGCGAACCUGAGCCGAGAUCUGACCAGCAAGGCCACCGUACUGCUCAGUUCUCUGCAGGACUUCCGACCCGAGCUCUUCGGCCUGCCGCCCUACGAGUGA